CCAUUAAUUUCUCCAUCUUUAAGUAAUCUGGCGACAAACUCUUUUCCUUUUGGCCUUAUUUGUGACACUAGAAUGAGCACAUAACGACACCAUUGUCAAAACUGAAAAUUUUCUGUUCUAAUGUAAACUUCAGAAUCACCUCUACAUCCCCUUCAAUCGUUCUCCCGCAAAAGGAGAGAAAGUGAAACACAAAAAAUAGUGUGGAACAGAGAAAGGGCAGGGGAAGUUAUUUGUUUUGUGAUGGCGAGAAUUCCAGUGAGGUUCAAUAGGAUAGCGGCGGCUUUCGAUGAAGCGGCAAGGGCGCCGCCAGUGCGGCUAUGUGAGAGCAGCGGCAGCGACCACUCUCCAGAGGAUUUGACUGAUCUUUCUGAUCUUGUAAAUUCUUUUAUUGAGAGCAAUUGCGGGGUUGAAACUGAUGAGGGUAAGAUUAACGAGCAAGAGAAAGAAAAUGAGAACGAUGGAUCAGAGGGUUAUCGGUCAGAUUCUGAGACCAAAGAUACCUUAAAGAGUUUGAUGGGCAAUAAUAUCUGUGAUGGAAACGAAGAUGCUGAUGUGAAACACAAGAUUCUCCUACAGACAGAAAUCGCUUGUGGGAGUGUAAAGGACGUGUCUUCUGAGGGUUUUAAACGUCAGUUGAUGUCUCGUUUGCGAGACCAGGGCUUUGAUGCUGGAUUGUGCAAAACUCGGUGGGAGAAAUUUGGGCGGCAUCCAGCUGGGAGUUAUGAAUUUGUAGAUGUGAAUGUUAAUGGCACCCGUUACAUUAUUGAAGUAAAUCUUGCAGAAGAAUUUGAAAUAGCUCGACCAACAAUAAGUUACACUUCAUUAAUCGAUGUUUUCCCACAAAUUUUCGUGGGAAAACCAGAAGAACUCAAGCAGAUUGUGAGGCUGAUGUGCAGAGCAAUAAGAGAAUCAAUGAAAAGCAAGGACAUUAAUGUGCCUCCUUGGAGGCGAAAUGGGUACAUGCAGGCCAAGUGGUUUGCUUCUUAUAAGCGUACAACCAAUGAAAUUUCAGCUAAAAAAGCAUCAGAGAAAAAUGACGCAGUUGCAACCAAAAGAUUCGUUGGGUUUGAGACAUUGCCGAUGGUUACUUACUACUGCAGAGACAAUUUUGCCAGUAAGGCUGGUUUGAAAGUUGGUUAUUUGACUGCUGCCUUUAAUGCGAAUGGCAGUAUUGGUUUGCUAUUGUAGUCAUUCCAGGGAAUAGCGUUAAAUUAUACAUAAAAAGGCAGCUGUUUUUCCUUGUAAGUACUUGGAGUGAUUUUAUCUGGUUGGAUUUUGGAAACUGGAAAGAUCCAAUUCUCUAGGCAAUUCUAUCGGUGUUUUUCUUGGUGGAAUCCGCGUAGACAUAUUGCAGUACUGCAUUCGAAUGUUGCUACAAAAUUUCACCUUUAAUUACUGAUUGUAUCCAGAAAUGGAUUUCAAUUGGAAACUAUCUGUAAAGAUGAAGAUAAGGCAUUGUCUGCCGUGCCUGAUGCCACCGCAAUUCAGAAAGCCUUGCGGUGCCACUCGCUUCAUUUUGGAGUUAAUAUAUUUUUAUAUUAGCAAUUGAGUUACAACUAUGCUUGAACAUGUAUUAACCUCUUGGCUUGUUUAUGAUUUGGUGUAGUAUCAUAGAUGGUUUGCCUUUGUUAGCGCUUUUCCAUUUUUUUUUCCUCUUAGGUUCUGCUGGUUUUAUUUUUAUUAUCAAAUUCAGAACCAAUUAAUUUAUGGUCUUAUAUCUGUUAUAAUUAAU